AUGCAACUCAUUCCUUUUCUAGUUUUGGGACAUUUGGCUUUUGACUCGGAAGAGAAACAGAAAAACCCUUUAGUUGUAGAGGGGAAACUGAUAAAAGUGUUUAUUUCUAAUCUCUACCAACUUUUACGGACUGCUUCAGCAAGCGAUCCAUAUAUCUUGACCGACUUCAUUGUUCCUGAAGAUCAGACUGGAGAGACAAUAGAUGGGAAUUUCUUCACCUUCACUGGCAUGCAUGGAAGUUUUGGCAGCAUUAUCACAAACUUCAAAGUGACAAAAGCUAACAAGGCAGAAUUUCCAGCUUUACAUGGACAGAGUACUUCACUUGCUGUCUUCAGUUCCAUGGUGCGAGUAUCAACCCACCCUCGUGCAGCCGAGCUCUUAUUUGUGGUGCAAGGAAAUCUCCAGGUUGGUUUGAGGGACACAAAUGCUGGAACUGUUUCACUUCCUACAACUUUGUUUGCUACUGGUGUCGAUGAUCAGAUUCUCGCGAAGUCAUUCAAGACUGAUCUUGCUACUGUUCAGAAGAUCAAGGCUGGUCUCAUCCUAGGAUCUCAUUGUUGCUCGGCGAAUUUCUAA